GCUAACCGAUUAGUCCCUGGAACCAUAACUCGUCGAUCAUGGGACCGGUCGUCUUGUUGUUGGCAAGUGUGAUCUCGGCGGUCGUGGCGAGACCCGGUCUCCUGCACGGACCGUUGAUCGCUUUAUCACCUGGUGCGCCGAUCGGGUCGGACGGCAGGGUGCUCGACACACCGGAAGUCGCGGUGGCCAAGGCGGAACACGCGGCGGCGCAUCUGAACGAGAAGCUGAAGCUAGCUGACGAGGCUAUUAGGUCCUCUGGGAAUUUGCAGACCGUUGUCAAGCAAUCGUCCUUGGUACUCGUGCCUGGGGCACCUAUUGGGCUGGAUGGGAAGGUCGUGGACACUCCGGAAGUUGCGGUUGCUAAGGCGGCUCAUGCGGCCGCGCAGGUCAACGAGAGGAUCAAUCUGGCUAAUGAGGCUGCUAGGUCCGCGGCCGCGGAUUUGAAUGGUCAACUGGUACCAGUGCUGUCCAACCGAGUGUUCACCUCAGUGGUCUCCGGAGCCACCGUAGGCCCCGACGGAAGAGUACAAGACACACCGGAAGUGGCCGCCGCCCGGGCCGCCCACGCAGCAGCUCAGAUCAACGAGAGGAUCAAUCUAGCAAACGAGGCAGCCAGGUCAUCGGGAGCGUUACUGACCGGCCCGUCACUCGCCGUUCCUCUCCUGGUGCGUGGAGCGCCCAUAGGUCCAGACGGCAGGGUACAGGACACGCCGGAAGUCGCCGUAGCGAAGGCUGCACACGCGGCUGCGCAUCUGAACGAGAAACUGAACCUCGCCACGGAAUCCGCGAAAUCCGCCGACGUACUCGCCGUUGCUGGACCCGCGCUCGCUUAUGGAAGACUCGUCUAUUAAACGAAUUGAUAGGCUGCGGAAUAUAAAUACGUUAAGCGAUUCUUCUUUAAACAACGAACUGGUCGGAUGCUUGGAUAGAUCAAUUUUCGUGGGUCUUGAGCUGGUUCGAGGAUGAUUAUUGCUUUUCUUUGAAAUGAAUUUUGGGUAUAUGUAGUUCGGAAGCUUGAUUAUACUGCCAUAUGGUGUUGAAUAA